ACGUCUUCUCAAUACUGUGCGAUUUAUGCUGCACCAGCAUGUGGAUCUCUUGGAACAAGCUUUGUGAAAGCGUGUCGUCAACCACAAUGUCGCACCUUAAAGUUCUUACAAGUGAGCCAUUCAGCGAGAUGAAGCAGCUGCUGGACUUUGAUGAAGCCCUGAAUAACAAGAAGAAGGAGAUUUUAGUCCACGAAUUCUCAAAGCUUGGUGGUACCGAUGCAAGAUGGGCAACGAAGAGGAUCAUGGCGUACUGCAUGGAUGAUAGUGUCACAUCACAGUUGUCAUGGGCAGGACGUAAAGGAAAGCAGAGUUUCUGUGAGAUGAAGAUUGCAAAGGCAGUUGCAGAUGCGGUGGGUCUACUGCCAGAUGCGACGGCGGCGACAGUUGAGGCGAAUAUAAAAUCGUGGCUGUGACAUGCACUUGAGUGUUGGGCAGCAAAGAUGGCAAAGAACCGUCCUGGGCCAGACGCUGAGCACCACACUACGGAAAGUGAAGAGGCUUAACUACGUCCUGGGCCAGACACUGAGCACCACACAAAGUGAAGAAGCUCAACUACGUGCACAGAAAUGUGUGACGC